AUGCACACACCAUGCUAUAUUGGCCGAUAUAUUUAUACUCUUCACGGAUUGCAUGAUUUAUCGGAAGAAAUAGAAUCCGGAAAAUAUUCAGAUCCUAAUUUAUUGAAAUCUGAUGAAUUAUCUACUUCAAGUGUCAAUACUAAUGAUAUUGAUGAGGAAGCAAAAAUUCAAAGCUAG